AUGUCACGCGUGUACGUUGGAAAUUUGGACCCGCGAGUGACUGAGCGUGAGCUCGAGGAUGAGUUUCGCGUGUAUGGAGUUAUCAGGAGUGUUUGGGUUGCUCGUAGACCACCUGGCUACGCUUUUCUAGAUUUCGAGGAUCCUAGGGAUGCUCGUGAUGCCAUUCGUGAUUUAGAUGGCAAGAAUGGCUGGAGAGUGGAACAGUCUCACAACCGAGGUGGAGCUGGUGGAGGUGGCCGUGGUGGUGACCGUGGUGGAGGCGGCGAUCGUGGUGGCCGUGGGGGGCGUGGCGGUGGUUCUGAUUUGAAGUGCUAUGAGUGUGGUGAGCCAGGUCACUUUGCACGUGAAUGCCGUAACCGUGGUGGCACAGGAAGGCGUCGCAGCAGGAGCCGUAGUCGCAGUCCAAGAUACAGGAGAAGCCCAAGCUAUGGACGGAGGAGUUACAGCCCUCGCGGCGCAAGGUCCCCUCCUCCUCCAAGACGCCGUAGUCCUUCUCCUCCUCCUGCUCGUGGUCGCAGCUACAGCAGAUCACCACCUCCGUACAGAGGACGUGAGGAACUUCCAUAUGCUAAUGGAAAUGGGCUGAAAGAUAGGCGCAGAAGCCGGAGCUGA